GUGGUGAUGGACCAAAAAGAAUCGAUUUAGAACAAAUGAGAGAAAAAAAUUUGCUUCAUGAUCGUGUUGAAUUUCUUGGUCCAGUUAUGCAUCACGAAGUACAUAAUGGGCACAUUUUUUUGAAUACCAGCUUAACAGAAGCAUUUUGUAUUGGUAUGGUUGAAGCAGCUUGUUGUGGGUUACUUGUUGUGAGUACAAAAGUUGGUGGUGUACCAGAAGUUCUUCCUAGACAUAUGAUUAUUUUUUCUAAGCCUGAAGAAGAAGUUUUUAUAACUAUUUCUUCUGGUAUUACAACAGAUCUUGUUAAUGCAGUGUCAAAAGCUAUCAAAAUGAUUAGACUUAAAGAGGUCGUACCAACCAAAUUUCAUGAUGAAAUUAAAGAAAUGUAUAGCUGGUGUAAUGUCGCUGAACGAACAGAAAAGGUUUAUGACAAAAUAUGGAAAUUGAAAACACCACCUUUGAUGGAAAGAUUAAGAAGAUAUUAUGGAUGUGGUAUAUGGGCUGGAAAAAUAUUCUGUGUAGUGAUGGCUGUUGAUUAUUUAUUUUGGAGAUUUUUAGAGUGGUUGUUCCCUGCCGAUGAAAUUGAUAUUGCACCCGCAUUUCCAUAUCAAAAAUAUAGAAAG